GUCUACUAAACCCACAAAUAUCAUGCCAACCAAGCCUAUGAAAACCAAGAGCUUUACACCUAGUUUGAUUAAUGAGUCACGUUCAUUGACUCCUCCUACUUUACCACCAAAGCCUUUGGGUCUCAGGCCCAUGGAGCAUAGUGCAAGUGCGCCUAGCUUUAUUGAUCUUGAUGAGUACUGGGCUUCUUAUUUUUCGAGAAGUUCAGGAAGAUCAAUGAAGCGAUCUUGGGGAUUCUUGAUUGCGAGACAAUAUAACUAUCAGUUUGAGAAUUUCUAUGCAGUAGUUAUCCAGCGAGCUUACAGGGAUUAUAAGAAGAGACCCGAAUCUUUGGCAAAACGAGUUUGGGAGACG